AUGGCGGAAACCUCAACACCACUCACCAAGAUCGACUCUGCCGUCUCCGAAGGCUUGUCAAGCUCCCCGCCAACUGACAAGAAGGCUGGACAUCGGAGAACGAGCAGUAGCGUGACGGGCGUCUACAACAUCGCCGACCUAGAAAGGGAAGGAAAGGAGAUCAAGAUCGCACCGGAAACACAGAAGCUGAACUGGAAGCUCAAUACCUCACCAGCGUCACUAGAUGACAAGGAGACGCUCAAGAAGUUUCUCUGCCAACCGCCGGUCAAGAAGGUCGACCUCCAUUUCCCGCUAGGGCUGGAAGUGACAGCGCGGAACAUGAAGGGGGUGACGAUCAAGGAUGCGCUAGAUGCCAUCUACAAGCAGUACAAGAAGAAGGCCGACGACGAGCUCGAGAACCCCAUCCUCGCAGGCUUCGAGUGGGACAAGGAGGAGUGCUACACGCGGUUCGUCGUGCACCAGAAGAAGGAAGGCGCAGCACCCCCAAGCAAGAAGAGCAAAAAGAAGGGCGGCGAGGAGUAG